CGGCAUUACCGGUAACGUUGGUCAGGCUAACUACACUGCUGCUUGCACAUACCUAGAUGCCUUUACCCAGUCUCGCCGACAAAUGGGCCUUCCCUCUUCCGUGGUUGACCUUGGCGUCGUUGCGGGUUCAGCAGCGAUGCAAGACCAAAAUAUUUCUUGUCCUUUAGACAAGGUGGGAUGGACCCGAUUACGCAAACAGCAAGUCAUUGCCAGCAUCCAGCUUGGUAUUCUCGAGUCUCAGGCACAGAAUACAACCGGAAUCCCGUGUUCGAGUGAGUCGAUAAUUGGGCUCUAGUAUUCUAAUGAGACGGAGUAUACAGAGAUGUUGGAAGAUGAGAGAUUGGGCCGGGAUGCAAGUUUUUCAAUGCAUCGGAAUUUAGCCGUUUAUGCAGAGAGCCGAAAGCCUAACAACCAGCUCAAGCUGCUCCUUGGGAGGAUUGAUACAGAUCCCCGUCUUCUUAGCGACCCGGAGAUGGAUAGCACUCUAGUCUUAGAACUGGCGAAAUUAAUCAAUCAUCGUACUACUCAGGUAUCAGAAGCGGACUUGGAACAACCAAGUGCCAUGGCUGUUGACUCAUUGAUGGCCAUUGAGGUGAAG